AUGGUUGCUGCGGAGUCAGCUUCCGAGCCCUCGAGGUUCUACAAGCACGCGGCAUGGAGGAUAGCGGCUGUGGCCUCUGCCUCCCUCGCCGUCGUCGCCUUCGUGGCUCUUACGUUCAGCUCCGGGCCGAGCGCAACGAUGCUGGAGGCAGGGAGCGACACGGUCACUGACUCGAGCUCUAGCGGGCAUCUGCUGCAAGCGCUUGAGAAGUCGAUGGACGCCUCGAUCGACAACCAAGUCAAGUCGUUUCUGUCUGAACCGAACAAGCUUUCUCCCCAAGAUUGA